GGUGCAGGAAACACACACAACACAGCGAGGGAGUCAAGGUGAAGUGGAGCUUAACACCGGAGCUCUGAGGCGUUCACGGUCCGAUGGUUUUAUCGGGAAACUUAAAGCAGGAAACAGAAGAAGUGAAGAGUUUUUAUUUGUCUUCUCUCUCUCUCCGCGUCACUGAUGGAAUAGCUUCAUUUAACCGGAUUAUUUCUCUUCUGUGUGCAGGAAUCCUCCCCCCCUCCUUCCAUUUUUAUUUUUUAUAGACUUAACCCCUCGUUUUUAUGUCUAAAAUCAACCAAACUGUCAUUUUUAUCGAGUAAAAUUAACCUCGAAGACACCUAAACGCAACUAUCCCUCUGCAUGAGCGUGAAUUCGGUGCGUUAAAAGCGCCGGAAACGUUCCUUUUACGCGCUGAAACCUCGGGCACGGGGACGAUCUGAUCCGGAGGUUCUGAUCCGGAGCUCCAGCCCCGGACCCCCCCCCCGGGGCUCUGCUGACCCCCCCAGCCGGCCACGGCGCGUCUUCCCCGGGCUCCCCCGAGCUGCAGCGGCCGUUAGAUGAGCGCGGCGUUCAGCCCGUCCUUCAUGGUGAUGCAGCGGCCACUCGGAUCCACCACCGCCUUCAGCAUCGACUCUCUGAUCGGGGGGCCCCCGCAGCCCGGCCCGGGACACUUCGUCUACACCGGGUACCCCAUGUUCAUGCCGUACAGGUCUGUGGUCCUGCAGCCGCCACCGCCCCCCCCGCCGCCGCCGCCCGCGGCUCUCCCCGCCGCGCACCACGCGCAGAUCUCCAGCCUGCAGAGCGGCUUCUGCUCCAGCCUCGCGCAGGGGAUGGCGCUCACCUCCACCCUCAUGGCCUCGCUGCCGGGGGGCUACCCCCCGUCCCAGCAGCCCCACGAGGCGGCCAGGAAGUUCGGCUCGCAGUCGCUGCACGCGGUCUUCGACAAGAGUCCGGAGCUGCGGCUGCACGAGGACGACGGGAAGGGCUUCCUGCAGGGGAAGGAGGCCGCGGCGAUGCGCGCCUUCCACGACACGGAGACCACAUCCACAGUCAGACCCCCCAGCAAGGACGACCCCAGGGAGGAGGACUGCGGCCGGAAGGACGAGACCUUCUCCAUGGACAGCGACCUGGACUACAGCUCGGACGAGAACCUGCUGGGUCCCAAGGAGGAGGGGGGGGGCGGGGACAGCGGCGGGCUGGAGGACGGCCAGCACGCGCACGGGGGCCCGGGCUCCGGUGGGGGCUCCGGGUCCGGCGGCGGCGGGAGCGGCAAGAACCGGCGGCGACGGACCGCGUUCACGAGCGAACAGCUGCUCGAGCUCGAGAAGGAGUUCCACUGCAAGAAGUACCUGUCGCUCACCGAGCGCUCGCAGAUUGCGCAUGCGCUGAAGCUGAGCGAGGUCCAGGUGAAGAUCUGGUUCCAGAACCGGCGCGCCAAGUGGAAACGGGUCAAAGCCGGGAACGUCAACAACAAGUCCGGGGAGCCGUCCCGGAACCCCAAGAUAGUGGUUCCGAUCCCGGUGCACGUGAGCCGCUUCGCCAUUAGGAGUCAGCACCAGCAGAUGGAGCAGGCCAGACCAUAAUAAUCAUAUUAAUAUUAAUAAUAAAAGGUGACCG